AUGACUGAGUCAACGCCAUCGUCAACAGAAGCAUUAUAUCACCCAGAGUCGGAUGUUGAGGAUUUGGAAGGGUAUAGACCCGGCGGUUACCAUCCAACCCUCAUUGGCGACACCUUUUGCGAUGGGCGCUACACUGUAGUUCACAAGCUUGGUUCUGGCGGUUAUUCCACAAUCUGGCUUGCCCAUGACAAACAGCUUCAACGUUAUGUAUCACUGAAGAUACUGGUUGCAGGAGCUUCACAGAAUACACAUGAGAGUAAAAUUCUCCAGUUGCUCUCAAAAAGCAAUCUGAAUUGUUCUGGAAAGCAAUUCAUACCCACACUGUCCCACCAGUUCUCAUUUGAUGGCCCUAAUGGACAUCACCAAUGCUUGGUUGGGGUUCCUACUGGCUGCAGUGUAGCAAGUUCCAAGGAAAACAGUACAAAUUUCAUGUUUCCCCCUGAUGCUGCCAGAUCUCUGGCCGCACAGCUCAUUAUGGGUUUGGCUUAUUUGCAUUCAAAUGAUGUAUGUCAUGGAGAUCUCCACCUGCACAACUUUCUCCUUCGUGCCCCGAGCUUCGACCAUCUAAGCACAACGGAACUAUAUGAGUGCCACGGCAAACCGUAUGAAGUCCCUGUUCGGCGGCUUGAUGGAAAGCCGCCCACACCACAUGCACCGCCCCGCGCCACUUACUCCAUGAUUUGGAGAAUGCCCGCGAAUGAAGUGGCUGAUCCUGAGAUCCUCAUCUCAGACUAUGGAACAUCUUUUAUCACUUCACAGACACCAUCUCCAACUCUACACACACCAGCUCUGUAUGCUCCACCAGAAGAAUUUUUCAAUGAACCCAUCACAAUCCCCAAAGCAGCUGACAUCUGGACACUGGGAGUUGUUCUGUAUGAUGCUGUGGGUGAACGCCCAUUAUUUGAAACCUUUGCAUGGGACCCGGAUGACAUCAUUGCUGAGAUGGUCAACACACUGGGUGAUAUGCCUGCAAGAUGGUGGGCUGCUUGGGCUAACCGCUCUGAAUUCUUCAACUCAGAUGGUUCAUGGAUCUCCAACUUUCAGCGCAUCAGCACGCCUGAAUUCCGGCGUCUGCAUCAGCGUAUGUGGGACAUGGGUCGGGGUGAGACACCGGAGACUUGUCAAUGGGAUGUUGCUGGUGGAGAGUUCAAAGCCCUGGAGGAUAUGCUGAGAUCUAUGAUGACAUUUGAACCAAUAGAAAGACCAACCGCGAAACAGCUCUUGGAGUCGGAGUAUAUCGUGAAGUGGGCGAUGCCAGCGUGGGAGAGGCAGAUGGAACGGAAGAGCGCCUUGACUAAACAUUGA